AUGAUUCUUAAGAUUGAUCUCGAGAAGGCCUAUGACAUGCUGCGGUGGGAUUUCCUUCGUGAUACCCUGAAGGAAGUAGGUCUUCCUAGCUCUUGGAUCAGUUGUAUCAUGUAUUGCGUGGAGCAGAACAAUAUGCGGGUUCUUUGGAAUGGCAAACUCUCCCAAUCCAUCACUCCCACUCGUGGAGUUCGCCAGGGAGAUCCUCUUUCGCCUUAUCUUUUUGUCUUAUGCAUGGAGCAUUUAUCUCACAGGAUCGACGCGGUCCUUUAUAGUGGACAAUGGAAGCACAUUAGGCUCACUAAGAAUGGACCGCCUCUCACCCAUCUUUUCUUUGCAGAUGACCUCUUGCUCUUCGCAGAAGCAGAAACGAGACAGAUAAGGAUCAUCAAGUAG